CACUCGAAAAAUAAGAAAAAUUGGAACCACCAUUCCUUAAAUACCAAAAAGAAGUCAGGCCAGCUAUAAAAGCUCCUCUUUUGCGUUUCGAUACGUUAUCCGGUCCUCUCUUAUUUAGCCCUACUUCUUUGCAAACGUAACCAACUCUCUCAUCCGCCAUAGCUCAUAUCUCUCUCUCUCUCUCUCAAUUCCUCAUAUCCACCUCUCCCAAACCCUAAUUUCCUUCACCGUCACAAUCCCCGAUCUCCGAUAUUCAUCCUCGAUUCCCCGGGAUCAAUACACCGUCAAACCUCCCCUGGAUUUUUGUUGAUUGUGAUUUUGUUUGUACAUACAAAUCUAUUAGCUCGCUUAGGUCGAUUAGGUCUCCGUUUCGCGAAGGCUCGAAACCCUAAUUUGGGAGCCGAUUCGAUUUUCGCAGAGAGUGCCGUGAAUUUUGGUUGAUACGACGGCGUUUUGGUGUGUUGGAAGAAACAGAUGGUAGGCGGUGGAAACAGGAGAGACGAGGGAUCGCUCGUCAUCAAGAACACGAACGUUUUCGCAGCGCUCGAGACUCUGAGGAAGAAGAAGAAGUCCGAUAAGAAGAGCAAAGGGACAUCCAAGGACCAGUCCGGGCAGGCCAAGGCGCCGGAGCCGCAGGUGGUCUGGACGCCAGCUCCGUUGAACGCCAAGUCGUGGGCGGAUGUGGAUGACGAAGACGAUGAUGACUAUUAUGCCACCACCGCCCCGAUUCAGCCGGUUUGGGGAACCUCUGAGCCUCAGCCGAGUAGUAAGCAGAAGGCCUCUACUGUAGAGGAAAGUGAGAGUGAAGAAGAUAUUCUUGAUGAAGGCGAUGAAGAUGAGGAAGAGCAUGAACCAGAGGCUCCAGUUCAUCCUGAGCCAGUGGUGAAGAAGCCUGCUGAGGUUCCUGCCCCACCAAAGGAGGCAGAAAAGCAACUUUCAAAGAAGGAGAAGAAGAAAAAGGAACUUGCAGAACUUGAGGCUCUUCUAGCUGAUUUUGCAGUUACCCAGAAGGAAAGUGACAGUCAAGAUGAAUCACGCGGUGCUGCACAAGACAAGGAUAGUGCUCCUAAUGGACAUGCGGAAAAGAAGGAAAAUCAUCCUGCAGAGUCCAAAAGCUCCAAGAAGAAGAAAAAGAAAGCUUCCAAGGAUGCAAAAGAAUCACAGGAUCAACCAAACAACUCAGGGGUGACUAAUGGACCAAGUGAAGUUGCAGGAACUGAACAGUCGGAAGAGGAACCAUCAGCAGUUGACGUGAAAGAGCGACUAAAGAAGAUGGCAACUGCCAAGAAGAAGAAAAGUACUAAAGAGUUGGAUGCGGCUGCAAAAGCUGCUGCUCAAGAGGCUGCUGCCAGGAGAGCAAAACUUGCUGCGGCCAAGAAGAAAGAGAAGAACCAUUAUAACCAGCAGCCUGUGCGGUAAAAGCCCAGUUUCGUUCAACAUCUUAUAUAUGAGCAUGUAAUUUACCAUUGUUCAUAUGACCAAGUUGUGCGAAAUAAAGAGGGUUUUUGGUUUUGUUGAAGAUGACCUUAAUUGUAUUGCGGAUGACUACAGGAAGUUUCAGUUUGGCUUUUUUGUUUACUCAGUUGUCAUUAGACAUGUGGAUUUGCCAGUUUUGCGCAUAUUUAUCCUCGGGGAAGUAGUUAACUAGACAUAUCUGGUAUAUCUGUAUUGGCCUCCUUCCUCGAUGUUUCUGUUGAGAACCUAUUCUGGAUCAAUGGGCAGAGUCAGAAAUUAUUUUACUUG